AUGGCGGCCACUGACCUGGAGCGCUUCUCGAAUGCAGAGCCAGAGCCCAGGAGCCUCUCCCUGGGUGGUCAUGUGGGUUUCGAUAGCCUCCCCGACCAGCUGGUCAGCAAGUCGGUCACUCAGGGCUUCAGCUUCAACAUCCUCUGUGUGGGGGAGACUGGCAUUGGCAAGUCCACACUGAUGAACACACUCUUCAACACGACUUUUGAGACCGAGGAAGCCAGUCACCAUGAGGAGUGUGUGCGCCUGCGGCCCCAGACUUACGACCUCCAAGAGAGCAACGUGCAGCUCAAGCUGACCAUCGUGGAUGCCGUGGGCUUUGGAGAUCAGAUCAAUAAGGAUGAGAGUUACAGGCCCAUAGUCGACUAUAUCGAUGCGCAGUUUGAAAACUACCUGCAGGAGGAGCUGAAGAUCCGCCGUUCGCUCUUCGACUACCAUGACACGAGGAUCCAUGUCUGCCUCUACUUCAUCACACCCACGGGGCACUCCCUCAAGUCGCUGGAUCUGGUGACCAUGAAGAAACUGGACAGCAAGGUGAACAUUAUUCCCAUCAUUGCCAAAGCUGACACCAUCUCCAAGAGUGAGCUCCACAAGUUCAAGAUCAAGAUCAUGGGUGAGCUGGUCAGCAAUGGGGUCCAGAUCUACCAGUUUCCCACAGAUGACGAAGCUGUUGCCGAGAUUAACGCAGUCAUGAACGCACACCUGCCCUUUGCCGUGGUGGGCAGCACCGAGGAGGUGAAGGUGGGGAACAAACUGGUGCGAGCGCGACAGUACCCUUGGGGAGUGGUGCAGGUGGAGAACGAGAAUCACUGCGACUUCGUGAAGCUCCGGGAGAUGUUGAUCCGGGUGAACAUGGAGGACCUCCGCGAGCAGACACACAGUCGGCACUAUGAGCUCUACCGGCGCUGCAAAUUGGAGGAGAUGGGCUUCCAGGACAGUGAUGGUGACAGCCAGCCUUUCAGCCUCCAGGAAACAUACGAGGCCAAGAGGAAGGAGUUCCUGAGCGAGCUCCAGAGGAAGGAGGAAGAGAUGAGGCAGAUGUUUGUCAACAAAGUGAAGGAGACGGAGCUGGAACUGAAGGAGAAGGAGAGAGAGCUCCACGAGAAAUUCGAGCACCUCAAGCGGGUGCACCAGGAGGAGAAGCGCAAGGUGGAGGAGAAGCGCCGGGAACUGGAGGAGGAGACCAACGCCUUCAACCGCAGGAAGGCAGCAGUGGAGGCCCUGCAGACUCAGGCCCUGCACGCCACCUCGCAGCAGCCUCUGAGGAAGGACAAGGACAAGAAGAACAGAUCAGAUAUAGGAGUACAGCAGUCGGGCAUGAGCCUCUCCAGCUCUAAGGUGAUGAUGACCAAGGCCAGUGUGGAACCCUUGAACUGCAGCAGCUGGUGGCCCGCCAUACAGUGCUGCAGCUGCCUGGUCAGGGACGCGACGUGGAGGGAAGGAUUCCUCUGA